GUGGCAAAGAGCGAUUCUCCGAGCACCAUAAGAUUACAAAUAAUCGAGGAUAGCUCUUGCGAUCAUCUGAACAAAUAUGAGAGGUAUUCAAAUAUUACAGCGGAGUGGGAGACAAGUCUGUCAAAUUCUUACAGUUCAAAGAUGUCAUUAUCAUGACAUGUCAAGGGCUUGUGUGAUUGGAACUGGUGCUGAAAACUUUCCUGAGUUUGAGGACAACAAGGCAAAGAUGGCCUCUGCUGUUCAAGACCUGGAAAACACUAUUGCCAGAAUAAAACAAGGUGGAGAUGAAAAAGCAAGGAAGAGACACACAUCUAAAGGAAAAUUGUUACCAAGAGACAGGAUAUCCUGCUUGUUGGACCCUGGUUCACCAUUUCUGGAAUUGUCUCAGUUGGCUGGACACAAGUUGUACGGUAAUGAAGAGGUGCCUGCUGGGGGAAUUAUCACUGGCAUCGGUAGAGUGUCAGGAGUAGAAUGUAUGAUUGUUGCAAAUGAUGCAACAGUUAAAGGUGGAACAUAUUACCCAAUAACAGUUAAAAAGCAUGUCAGGGCUCAGGAAAUUGCUCGGGAAAACAGGUUACCUUGUCUUUACCUUGUUGACUCAGGUGGAGCUAAUCUUCCAAGGCAGGCUGAAGUGUUUCCUGAUAAACUCCAUUUUGGUCGCAUAUUUUACAAUCAGGCGACUAUGUCAUCCAAAGGAAUUACUCAGAUAGCAGUAGUCCUUGGCUCUUGUACAGCUGGUGGUGCGUAUGUGCCUGCUAUGGCUGAUGAGAGCAUCAUUGUCAAACAUCAGGGGACUAUCUUUCUUGGAGGGCCACCCUUAGUUAAAGCUGCAACAGGGGAGGAGGUGUCUGCUGAAGAGCUGGGGGGUGCUGACUUACACUGCAAAACAUCUGGUGUGACAGAUUAUUAUGCUGUUGAUGAUUUUCAUGCCCUUCAACAAGCUCGACAGUGCAUUAAGAAUCUUAACUACCAGAAAACUUUACCAGUACAUGUACCAAGGGAACUUCCUAAGGAGCCUCUUUAUCCAGCUGAUGAUCUUUAUGGCAUCGUAGGUGACAACUUGAAGAAACCUUUUGACGUAAAAGAAGUUAUUGCAAGGAUCGUUGAUGGAAGUCAAUUUGAUGAAUUUAAAGCCAUGUAUGGAGACACUUUGGUGACAGGUUUUGCUCGAAUUCAUGGCUAUCCUGUAGGAAUCAUUGGAAACAAUGGAGUUUUGUUUUCUGAAUCAGCCCUUAAGGGAGCACACUUCAUACAGCUGUGUUGUCAGCGGAAAAUUCCUCUGCUUUUUUUGCAAAAUAUAACAGGUUUUAUGGUUGGUAAGGAUUACGAGGCUGGUGGUAUUGCCAAAAAUGGAGCAAAAAUGGUAACUGCUGUGUCGUGUGCACAGGUACCAAAGAUAACUGUUAUUAUAGGUGGCAGUUUUGGGGCUGGAAAUUAUGGAAUGUGUGGACGAGCUUACAGUCCCCGUUUUCUGUACAUGUGGCCAAAUGCUCGUAUUUCAGUGAUGGGAGGAGAACAGGCAGGAACAGUACUGGCUACUAUCACUAGAGACCAGAGGGCAAGGGAAGGAAAACAGUUGACAGCAGAAGAAGAAAAACAGAUAAAAGCUCCAAUAAUCUCGAGGUUUGAAGAAGAAGGCCAUCCUUACUUCUCGUCCGCCAGAUUAUGGGAUGACGGUGUUAUUGAUCCAGUGGACACGCGGACAGUCCUGGGACUCAGUUUAAGUGCGGCCUUGAAUGCACCAAUCGGUGAUCCCAAAUUUGGCGUGUUCAGAAUGUGAUUAGAAAUGCUUCUUAUAACCAGGCUGACUCUUCACAGGAUUUACCAACAGUGUCUCCACACUGUUAAUCCUCUUCUUUGUCGGACUGGCAUAAGAGUUUCUCCAAAUAUUGGAUCAUUGAUCGCUGGAUUAUCUUCAUUACGGACAAAACAUCCAGGAGCUUUUCAAUGUCAUCGAUCAUGCCGAGUGCCCAUGCAUACACAAUAUAGAGGAAACUUCUAAAGGACUCUACACGAAAAAAAAAUUGGAAAAAAUAUAGGGUAUGGCCAUUAGAACUGCCAUAAUCAGCCCAAACAUCGACUGGACAAUAUGUUUAGUUAAACGAUGUUGCACUCGAAUUUUUUAUGACGCACAAACAAACAAAGCAAACUUAGGGAAAAAAAACCUCAAAUAACUUCGUAUAUACUGUUGACAUUCUAAGUUAAGUAAUAAAAGUUAUAAAUAUUGUA